CCUCCUCCUAGUAGGCCCGCCCAAUUAGCGAGAAUACCGAUCCAUGUAAUCUGGAAGCCCGAAAAGAAAGAAUUCAAAUUCAGAGAAGACAGUAAGAAGUGACCGUUGGCGAAACAACACAAACCAGAUGCCGACGAACAAUUUGAAGAACACCGCCGGAAAAUCUACAGCCAGAUUCAAAUCCACAAGGAAACCACUACGAGAUGUUUCGAAUUCAAAUAUGGUAAAGCCAUUAACAACUUCCUUCAAAUCCAAGAAGCUCUACGGAAGGGAAAAAGACGACGUCGAACCAUUUUCCGGUGAAAAUGUCAUCGAUCGUCUCCUUAUCAUUCGGUCCGAUUUCUCCUCCGUCAUUCACCAGAUUGAUGAACUUGUUCAAGUGCUCAAACUAGGAGGCAAGAAGAGUGGGAAGGAAAUUGAAUCUUUCGCACAUGUCUUGUCUGAAAUGCAAGCUUCUUUGAAGCCAUGGGUUCCUAAAUUUCAGAAAGUCCUUUCUGAUCCAUCCACGAGGCCUGAACAUCCAUCUGAACAGUCACAAAUUAGUGAGGCAGUUCCCGUGGUAGUUGAUAAUACAAGCGAUGCUGUUGAUAGCCCUGACCAAUCCAAGUGGGAUUCACUAGUUUCCCCAUCACCCCUUGUGUCCUGGCGGGCAGGCUGUACGACCGAGGGUGGCAGACAACUUUUUCUGCUCACACCUUUGCCUCUCCGCAAAGUGCUCUCAUCCAAAUGCCAGGGAUCCUCUAAAAAGUUUGACAAGUAUACAUCAGACACGAAUUCCCAGCAACACCCUCUUUUUGAUAUUAAGGGAGAUAUGGAAGAUCAUUUGCUUGAGAAUACAAAAUCUAUGGCUAGUCAACCACCAUCCCUUUCUGAUGUAACUGGGGAGAUGGACAUAUUGCAUGUUAAUAAUGAAGUGAAGCCAAGUCUGAAUAAAGUUCCUGCUAAUGAUAUGACCAUCAACGAGGUCCCUCUGAAAAAUGAUCUUGUUUCGCCUGUAAAUCUUUCACAAAUUGACAGCUCAUUGCUAGUAAUGACUCCAUGCUUGAAAAUGUCACCACCGAAGACCUGUGUACUGCUUGAACCUUCAUCAGAAUACAACUGCAGGGACAAGCAUGGGGCUUACAAAAUGACACCAUUUCCUGUUUCACGUCAUUUUUCUAGCAUGUCUGAAGAUUCAGAAUCUUCCAGCUCCGAAGCUGCUGAACACUUGACGAUCAAGUAUCCAGAGCUAUUUGGAAUCAGAUUAAGUCAAAACUUGACAAACGGAGGGAAGGUGGCCGAUGAUGAAUCACCAGAUUUUCUAUUUUCACCACCCAAAACUUGUGUACUGAUGGAACUACCUGUGGAAAAACCGUUGACUAAUGCGGCUGAAACUGCUGACGACUUAGCUAUAGUUGAAAACACUCCCAUGAUGACAAAAUCCAAGAGCAUUCUUGUAAUGGGAAAGCAUCCUGGUGAGAACACUUUGAAGAAAGAAUUGUGGAUGAAAUUUGAAGCAGCGUCAAGUGAUGGCAUCUGUUUUAAUCCCUCUACUAUCCAGAAAACUAUACAAAAAGAUUUCCUUGAGAGAUUGGAAGAGGUUUCUUCUGAUGAGGCAACUGCAGAGGAGGAGGGGGCCUAAGAUGGUGGGGAUCAUCACCCCCUGGAUGUGCCGGAGUAGCAGGGAAGAGGGAGGCUAUCAUAUUCCGAAGAGAAAAAAAAUGGAACUGUGUAUCUUAAGGUAAAUUUGAAAACUUGUAUUAACUUCCCCUAUAAACCCCCCCACCCCCACCCCCACCCCCACCACCCCUUUUUUCCUCCUCUUUUGUUAAGUAAAGAUGAACAUAGCAACAAAAGACUUCAAAAAAUCGUCCAAGUGCAAUCUUUUGUAAUUUUCGACUGAGAACUUGAAGUUCUUCUCCCCUCCUUUGUGAAGUAAAGAUGAACAUAGCAACAAAGGACCUCCAAUAUCGUCCAAGUGCAAUUUUUUGUGAUUUUCAAAUGAAAACUUUGAAGUUCUUCCUUCCUCUUUUGUGAAGUAAGGAUGAACGUAGCAA